AUGAGGGUCGCCAUCCGGCGGCUCCCUUGGCAGUCGAUCGACGCUCGUCGUCCUUCGGCGGUCGGUCUCGUCUCUCCCUCCAGCCUUGCCUCCCGAUUCCAGCCCCGUGGUUUCACCAGCACGUCGAUACCUGCACUUUCGCAUCGAGUGCGAGCCUCUCUCCGUUCGAGCCAUCUGGAUGCCGCUCUCAAUCCGGCUUCGAGGUAUGGCACCAGCCCACGAUUCUACCAACACAUGGCCGCUGGUCAGGACGGCGAUGAUGCAGCAAAACCGCAGACAGCACCCCGAAGCGCUUCCGACAAGAUCGUCGCUGCAGCUGCAGAACCAGGAUCCACACCGUCCAAACCUCCAGCCAAAGACACCAAGAAGCAACCGGACGGGGACGAUCCACUCAACCUCAACGCGCGUGAAAAGACGGUCAAAGAACAGCGUUUGGUCGAUUGGGCCAUCAUCAAAAAGCUCGUUCAGUACGUUUGGCCCAAAGGCGACUUCAAAACAAAGCAGCGUGUAGUGCUGGCGCUGGCGCUCCUCAUCGGUGGAAAGCUGCUCAACGUCCAGGUGCCCUUUUUCUUCAAAACCAUCGUCGACCGGCUCAACGAGGUCGUCAAUGCUCCUCUCGACAUGACCAACCCCAACACGGUCUGGGUCGUUGCUGGAAGUGCUAUCCUCGGCUACGGCCUUGCGCGUGUCGGCGCAGCUGCCUUCUCGGAGCUCAGGAACGCUGUCUUCGCCAACGUUGCACAGCGCUCCAUCCGCCGUGUCGCUCAGACGGUGUUCACGCACCUUCUCGCUCUGGAUCUCGGCUGGCAUCUCACACGCCAAACAGGUGGACUGACGAGAGCCAUCGACCGAGGCACAAAGGGUAUCUCCUUCCUGCUCACCAGCAUCGUCUUUCACAUUGUCCCCACCGCACUCGAGAUCUCGAUGGUCUGUGGCAUCCUCUCCUACAAAUGCGGCCCCAGCUUCGCUGCGGUCACAGCCGUCACCAUGGCUGCCUACGCGUGGUUCACCAUUCGCACCACCAGCUGGCGUACACGCUUCCGCAAGGAGGCAAACGCCGCCGACAACCGCGCUGCCACCACGUCGGUCGACAGCCUGCUCAACUACGAAGCGGUCAAGUACUUCAACAAUGAGAAGCACGAGAUUGCCAAGUACGACGCCGCGCUCGCCGACUACGAGAAGAGCUCUAUCAAGGUGGCUACCUCGCUGGCUGCGUUGAAUUCGGGCCAGAACAUGAUCUUCAGCACGAGUCUGACGGUGAUGAUGAUGCUCGCUGCGCAAGGGGUGACGAAUGGGACCAUGACGGUAGGCGAUCUGGUCAUGGUGAAUCAGUUGGUAUUUCAGCUGAGCUUGCCGCUCAACUUUUUGGGGACGGUGUACAGGGAGUUGAGGCAGAGCUUGGUGGAUAUGGAGACCAUGUUCAAUUUAGAGAACGUCAAUGUGGCGGUGAAGGAGGAUAAGAAUGCGCCGCCGCUCAAGGUGACUGGGGGGGAGAUCAGGUUUGAGAACGUCACGUUUGGGUACCAUCCCGAAAGGCCGAUCUUCAAGAACAUCUCGUUUACCGUCCCCGCUGGAUACAAGACCGCCUUUGUCGGUCCAUCCGGUUGCGGCAAGAGCACCAUCUUCCGUCUCCUCUUCCGGUUCUACGAGCCGCAGUCCGGAAAGAUCUACAUCGACGGCCAGGACAUUACGAAGGUCUCACUCGAGUCGCUGCGUCGGCACAUCGGCGUUGUCCCACAGGACACGCCGCUCUUCAACGACGACAUCCGCCACAACAUCCGAUAUGGACGACUGGAUGCCAGCGAUGAGGAUGUCGAGCGUGCGGCCAAGGCAGCCAAAGUCGACCAGAUCGUGCGCAACCUCCCCGAAGGCUACGCGACCAAGGUAGGAGAACGAGGCCUGAUGAUCUCCGGAGGCGAGAAGCAGCGGCUGGCGGUGGCGAGGCUGCUGCUCAAGAACCCGAGCAUCCUGUUCUUCGACGAGGCGACGUCGGCGCUGGACUCGUACACCGAGACCGAGCUGAUGCGCAACAUCCACGCCACGCUGUUGGACGACAAGAAGACGGCUAUCUUCGUCGCGCACAGGCUGCGCACCAUCUCGGAUUCGGACUUCAUUAUUGUGCUCCAGGGCGGCGAUGUGCGCGAGAAGGGCUCGCACGACGAGCUGAUGCAGAGACAGGGGCUGUACUGGGACCUGUGGCAGGCUCAGUCUACGGUCGGUGUCGGCCACGGUGCGGGUGCGAACGAGCAUUUGCAGGAUCUGGAGAGGCAGACUCAGCAGUCAGGUCCAUCACCAUCGCAGUAG